AUGGACGGUCUAGCUUAUGCUUAUCAACUCCCGCGCUCCGUUGCGCAGGAAAAGUAUAUGCAGGAACGUCGCGCCGCCAUCAUUGAACAACGAAAGCAGCUUUCCGCCGGCGUCAACCCUGAUCCAGAUUUGGAGCGGAUGCUGACGGGAACUACGUUGACGACAUCUGGAGCUGAGGGAGUCUAUACUCAUUCUCGCGUCAAUAGCAGCUAUGGAGAUAUGGAACAUUCGAGGACUUCAAGUUCGACGUCUUCAUCGCAGUCAGAAGCAGCACACCACAGCUUGUUGAACCAGCCUUUCGAGCUCCGACAUGGGAGGCGCUAUCUACGAGAACUACCGUAUCCGCUACCAGUGGACCUGCAUGAGCUCCAGAGACAAAACCUCCGGACGUUGCUAAGCUGUCGUGUGUUUGGCAAAGCAGUAUGUUGUCCGAGCAUCGAGAACGAUGUGCCGAAGCGAGUAUUGGAGAUCGGGUCCGGCUCGGCAUACUGGACGACCAUGUGUCAUGAGUACUUUUCGUCGCUCGGCCACAAGAACGUCUCCUUCACUGGUUUGGACGUAGCGCCUCUCGCUCCUGAUCUGAAGAAGCAGGGCAUUAACUGGACGUUUGUUCAGCACGACCUGCGGAGGAUACCAUUUCCUUUCGACGACGAGCGCUUCGAUCUGGUCAUGCUCAAGGACAUGAGCUUGGUGAUGCCGCUCGGUAUGACCUCCCAGAAGUUCAUCGACGAGAGCAUCCGCAUCCUUCGACCAGGCGGUAUCUUGGAGAUAUGGGAGACUGAUCAUGUCGUCCGAUCCCUGGCAUCCCGUCCGGCAGUCCCGACGCAAAACCAAUCCGAGUUGAAGGCCGCCGCCAGAUCAGGGACAUUCGUCGUCUCACCCGGAACACCGUUCGCGCCAGCUCAAAACAAAUACCUCCAGCAAGCUAACACUUGGAUCUCAGAGGCGCUGGACAGGCGGAAGCUCCCACCGGCACCCUGCGCACGUAUCGCCCCCGUUCUUCACCAGGAAGCCGACACCCUCACGAAAUUCGGCGCCCGCCGAGUCGCUGUACCACUCGGCGAGCUGCGCUGGGAGCGCGACGGCUCCAAGCAUGGCCGCAGCCCAAGCAAUCCUCACGAUUCGGUCAUCAUGCCCUCCAAAGGCAAGGGCAAAAUGACUGACCCCGUCCCAGCAGGUUUGACAGCCGACCAAGCGGCGCUACGGCAUGUAGCGCUGCUGACCGUGCUGCAGAUGAUUGAGAAUCUCGAACCCAUUCUCAAGGAAGCCAGUGGGAAGAACACGGAGGAGUGGAGUCAUUGGUGGGGGCUCAUGAUGUCGGAUCUGCUGGACCCGGCGAAGUCGAAUCUGGGUGGCGAGUGCCUGGAGGUUGGCGCGUGGUGGGCGACGAAGAUUGCUGACGAGUGA